UGCAGUUACAACCAAAACUUAACUCUCCUGAUGUAUCACCAACUCUGAUGUCAGUAAAUAACCACCCCUCCUCCAGUCCUUCAAGACUUCUGGAUUCAGUAGGAAAUGCUGUCAUGAGUAAUAAUUCUCUCCUGCUUAGUCACAGUCAGAGCCUUCGAACAUGCCUAACUCAAGACAAUAGUACUGCCUCUACUGUGGGUAAUCUUUCUGGACCAGAUCAAAAUCUAGUUGCAAUGGGUCAGCUGGUAGAAGUUGGAGAUACUGAAGUUACAGAGAACCUGGAAGGAAGUGAACAUAGGAUUCUGUUGGGAGAUGUGCAGGCCAUUCCAAUACGAAUUAUAGAUAACCACCCAGCUCUUAUUGAAGAAAAUCCAGAAGAUAUGAGCCAAGUUAAACAAGAGCCCAAAGACUCAACAUUGUCUAUGGAAGCAAAAAAAUUUUUGGAGUUUAAGAAAUUAUCUGCCACAUAAAAAUUUUGAGAGCUUUCAGAAUUUACAACUCUAGUGACCUCUGAGGUCUUAGAAAAGAAGAUAUUGUCAAAGCCUAACAUUGUAAAAACUGAACUGAAGAUGGGUUUGAUGAGCAGCUUUGACUAAAAACUGGUAUAUUUGUUGCCAAUUCCAUAUUUUUAUGUCUCUUAAAAGUUUUGCUUUCUUAUUUUAUAUCAGUUCCUUUGGUUUUUAUUUUUUAGUUCCUUUGUUUUUUCAUUAUCUAAUAAGGCCAGUAUUUCAAAAGAGAUCUGACUUUACCCACAGUAAUUUACUCAGAAUACAGAGUUAUUUAUCUCAUCCCUGGAGAUAUCCAAUUUUAGUUCUUUAAAGACCAACAUGAAAGAUAGUGUAUAUCUGGGUGUUUAUAUGUCAUGUGUUUUAAAGUUGUGAAGAAAUGUUUAAUUUGACAAAUUAGGGAAUAAUUGUAAGCAAGAGAUGUGACAUAACAACACAAGGCCGGCCUGCCCCUCUGAAGACCGCAGCUGCAGGUCACCGCUUCUUCGUUGUGCUUCCAGCUCGAAACCAACCAUGUGUUUACGGCCCCUCAUAGUCGGCUCAGUGUGGUAAGUACUAGGUAUUAUAACUGAAUUAAUGAGGUAAGCAACACGUAUCGGUGUAUACUGCAUAAAUUUAUACUAUAUUAGAGCACCUUCUUGAACUAGAAAGAUGAAAAACAUCAGAGAAUUUGGAAAGAAAAGAAUUCUGUGCUGUUAGCAGAUAAUUUGGGAGAACUUCUGAUAAUAGCAGAAUUUUUUUCUUUUGUUUUGAA